AAUUCAUAAGACUUAAUUUAAAAUGAACUUUGAUAGUUCUUCCAUAUUCCAACUUAGGAAUUCGAACUGACCGAGUUUCAGCUACAGAAAUCACUUGAACAGAGUUUUCCAUAGACAGAAUUUAAUGAGGCAAGACCGAAGAAGAUACAGAAACAGAAUCAACAGAUUAGAACCCCAGGGAAAAGAACGCUUAUUUAACAGAAGCCAAAGCCAAACAGGGGUUUUAAUCUCUGAGCCGAUUGAUCAUAGUGAGCAAAUUGAAGAAGAGAAGAUUGAUACUCAAUCUCAAAGUUCUGUUAGCAGGAAUCCAACACCUUAUUAUGAGCAAGCUUCUUGUGGUCAACUAGAGGAAGAUUCUUCCCUAUCUGUAUUCUCGACCGAGAAUUCCCAGCAAGAAGAAAGAAACACCUAAUUUAAAGCUAACAAUCUUUUGAUAUGGAACUAUCUGU